ACAGUUGAGUUUGAAUUUGCUGGAGAGUAAAACGGUUAGUCAACGGUGUUUUGUCCUCUCGGUUGUGUUUCAGUUGUGGAGAUGUACAAUUCACAGGGAGAAUAUUUCCAGGAGUAAUCAGCUGACGGAGAAGGGAUUCAGUAUAUGAAGGAUGUUUUUCCAGAUCAAUGUUACCCCCAAGGCCCAGAAUGCCACCGCUGCCCAGGAGAAGGCCCCCGAGGUCCAGGCGGUUCUCGUCCUCGCGCCAUUUCAACCGCAGCCUCGACUCAAUAUCGAGACAUCAGAAAAUAUUCAGGGACAGACGAGUUUGGUCAUCAAAAACACCAGCAAUCGGCCACUAAAUGUGAAGGUUUCGAAGCCGCCUCCGGAGGAUCGUUGUGUAAUUCUCAGUGCUUCAGAGAUGGUUAUCCCUCCAGAGUCCUCCUCUACCCUCUUCCUCUCCUGGACUCCCCUGAAGGCAGGUUCCUGGCGCGACACCCUUCAGCUGACAGACAGUCGACGCUUGAAAUACGACAUUCCAUUAACCACUACCUGUAUCUCAAAAAAAUCCUCUAAAACCCUAAAACCGCAUUCCCAGAAAAUUCUUGCUCCCUGCAACAGCAACCCUCCUCUCCUCCAUCGAAAAUCACAGCAAAAGGUCCCUGCUAACAAAGAAAACAUCAGCAGAAGUCAAAAACUACCCUCGAACUCCUUUUUGAAGGCCUCGCAGUCAUCUACUCUCGCUUCAACUGGGGAAAAUUCCAUCCUGAAGCCCUCGAACGUAAGAGCAAAUAAAAAUAAUCAAAAUCCAUACAGAAGUCAUCAGAACCUCGAGGAAAAUCAUCGAAAUUUUCACCAGCAUCUUGAUAUUUCUGGUGUAUUAAACAGCAGCAGCUUUCAAUUAACUCCUCUGAAAUCCACAAAACCGAAUAACAAUCCCCAGGACUUUGAUUUCUCCCCACGAGAUACGAGUAGUAUCUCUCCAGGUCAGCCCUCGUUGCCACAUCGUCGCGAUACUUAUCUGAACCCAGACCCAAAAUUCUGCAGAGUUCCUCCUCUUGAGCCUGUGAGCCAGGAACCCGAAGAGGACUUUGACGACUCCUUGUCGCCGAGACCUGAGGACCACAGGGAGGCAGGAAACUUCUCUGCACUCAUCGACGACCUGGCGAGUUUCAAAACUCCGCAAAAAUCUCAAGAAUCUCUCGAGAAUGGAGGAUUAACUGUCACCAGAACAGUCAGGGAGGAGAUCACGUUCUCAAAUAAUACAUUUGAAAUCUCAGGCUCAAGAGGGCAACUGCAGUUCUGUUUCGAGACUCCUGGAGGGGCUGGGUAUGCCCACAAUCAUACGAAAAAUAAUAACCAGCACUCCGAGAAUAACGGAGUCCACGAUUUAUCAGGCACAUCGACUUCCUCGAGGAUUUUGAUGAAAAAUAGAGAGUAUUCCAGUCAGGAUUGGAGCCCUGGAGGAGCUGGACAUCACCAAAACCAUCACAGCAUUAAUUAUUUUCCUCCAGAAACCGACACUGAAGGCUUUCUCCAUCCAAAUCAUGCUCUUGGAGUCCCUGGAAACAAAAAUCAUCAAAGAAAUCACGACAACCAUUCAAGAGCCGAUCACCUCCACAAUUUCUCUGGAAUCUCUGCAUCAUUGAAUAGUCUCAAGUCCUCCCAGGAGGACUUGGUUCGCCAGAAUCGCCACGGGCAGUCUGAGCCCCCAGAAUUCCCAUCCUUCAACCCUAAGAGGCACUCCUCCGUGGAGGAUUUCACCUCCUCCCAAAAUUUCCAUCAGCUUUCGAAUUCUCCUCUGGAUCUUAGUCGACAGUCAGACUUUGAUUGUUUUCUGCGUCCUACGAAGCACUCAAAGUCCUUCGGACGUAUUUCACCAGUAUGUGGAAGCUCUCCAGAGCCCACUCGCCCCAUCUCCUCCUCCCCCAUCCAUUCAGUAAGAACCUCGGACACCUCAACAGUCCAGCAGGUCAUCGAGGCUGACCUCUGGCUUAAGGACGAACCAAAAACACCUCUUCGUCACCAGAAAUCCAUUUCGCUUGAGAGCAUCUCCGAGGAGCCGUCUUUCAAACGCCAGACGAGCCUCCCCCACCUGAAUUUCAACCUCAAUCUGACGAAGACGUUCACCUCACCCCUGAAGCCCACUGUCUUCGAGAUUUCUCCUACGAAGAAAUCCUCGGGGUCGAUGAGAGGAUUCAAAUCAAUUAAUUACCACCGGGUGUCCCCGAAGAAGCCCUCGAGGGUCAUGAAGGGGACCAGAGAGACCCAGCAGAUUCUCAGGAAGACAAAAAUGCAUUUGAACAUUCAAAAGGGCAUACCGGGGGUUAAGAUAGGGAAACUCUCCCUGGCGAAGCUCCACAAGCCUAAGGAGAAACCAAAGGAGGUCUCGGUCAAGCUCCACAACCCCGAGGAUUUAAUCUCCAGUGUAUUUAAUCCUGAUCCAUUCGCUGCCACCAUGACAGAGGAUCCCUUCUUAGCCUCUAGUUUAUAUUAUGACGAGAAAUGGAUGUGGAACCAGGAGAUUGAGUUCAAGAAGUGGUUGAAUGCACUGUUGACUCCUCCGGAGCACCUCAACGCCGAUGUCGAUAGUGGAAAAGUCGACGUGGGGAAGGUCUGGCAGUCCUGCAGGACGAAGGAGUCAAUUCCCCUGGCAGAGACUCGUGAGGCAGUUUCUGCGAGAUACCACACGAAUCAUCGCCUCAAUACUCUGAGAAAGGGAGCCCUCAUGAUGUUUAGUAAACCAGAGGUACGGUCUGUCCUCUCGAAAACAAUUCUCUCCAUCGAGAAGGGGAACCUCGUGGUGCGACAAGACAAGGACCUCCACAGGGACAUCGGCCUCCAAAAGGACAUCCUUGAGCUCUUCUUCAGUUACAAUCCCUUGUGGCUAAGAAUUGGAUUAGAAGUCGUGUACGGGGAAACGAUUCCUCUGGCGUCGAAUAACGACCUCGUUGGUCUCACUAAAUUCCUCCUCGCGAGGUUCUUCAAUGAUCCUUUCCUCUCGGAGAAGUUCUCACAUCAGAAUUCCACUCUCAAAACCCCAAAUUUUAUGCCGAAUCUUAAUAAAUUCAUUUUGAAGAAAUUUCUGCUUCUCGUUUACUUCCUGGACGUCGCGAAGAGAGGGAAGCUCAUUGGACAUGAUCCUUGCUUGUUUCACAAGAAGGCCCUCUUCAAGGAAAGCCGGGAAAUUCUCCUGAAUUUUUCCAGACAAACAUUGAGUGGAGUAGGGGACAUCACAAAGAUGUUGAAACCUCACGGGUAUGUUCUCACUCACAAGCAGACGUACCUGGAUGAAUACGAUUAUGCAGUUAAGGAUCUCUCAGUAGACCUCAGGGAUGGGGUUAGACUCUGCAGAGUUAUGGAGCUCAUCAUCGGGGGGAAAACAUUGACGUCGAAGUGCAGAGCCCCAGCCAUCUCGAGACUCCAGAAGGUCCAUAACGCAGAGGUAGCUCUGUCGGCCCUCCACGAGGCCGGAUACGUCAUCACCGGGGAAAUCGAUGCGAAAUCCGUGGCUGAUGGGCACCGAGAGAAAACUAUGAGCCUCCUGUGGCAGAUAAUUUACAAAUUCCAGGCGCCGAGAUUCGAGAAAGCAGCCAAAACCCUGCAGAAGUGGUGGAGAGCGCAUUUGUGUUACAUCCUCGUCAGGAACUAUUUGAGAAGACGAAGAACCAAUGCUGUAAUUAUCAUCCAGUGCUGCUGGAGGUCAUAUAGAGCUAAAAAAAUAUUCAGGGCCCUGAAAACCCAGAGGGAGCUGGAGCUGCUCCAGAAGAAUGAAGCUGCUAAAGUCAUCCAGACCUGGUGGAGAUCUCUGAAGGAUAGAAGGGCCUUCUUGAAGACGAAGACUGCAGCCAUGACUCUUCAGAGAGCCUGGAGAAGGUACAGUACAUCGAAGCCAUACCUCCAGGAUCUCCAGAGGAAGAAGAACGCAGCAGUCGUCAUCCAGAGACUCUUCAGGAGCUACAAAGUCAUGAAAUCCCAACGAAACGAUUACCUGGAGACUCGAGGUGCCGCCCUAAUGCUCCAGAGGUGGUUCAGGGCGUGUUCCCAGGGUCGCAAAGACCUCGAGACCUUCCAAAGCCUGAAAAAAUCCACAAUCCUCAUCCAGAGAACCUUCAGAGCAAACAAAUGCAUGAAAUUCCACAGGAAUAAUUAUCUCAGAGUUCUCUCCAGUGUCACGACCAUUCAGACAUGGUGGAGGGCCCACCUGUUGACGAAGAAGACGAGGAAUGAGUUCAUUAUUAAGAAACACUCUGUAAGAAUAAUCUCUGGUUGGUACAGUGGUCUUCAGUUGAUGAAAAUUGAAAGGAAAUCGUUCCUGGAGAAGAGAAAAGCAGCUGUCGUUAUCCAGAGAGCUUUCAGGCGGUUCAGGGAAACUAGGAGAGAUCGUCGGCACUUGAAGAAUGUCCUCAAGUUAUCAGUUAUUCUCCAGACUUGGUGGAGAAAAGUCAGGCACCAGAGAGAAUUCAAAAUAAAACAAAAGUCUGCUGUAGUUAUCCAGAAGUGGUUCAGAUCAUCUAAAAUCACCAAGAAACUGAGAGAGGAUUAUCUCCAGCUCAAACUCUCUGCGAUUGUUAUCCAAAAGAACUUCAGGAUGAAGAAGACUCGUGAGAAGUACCUCAGGAUGAAGAGAUCAGUGUCAACAAUCGAGAAGUGGUACUCUAGAACAAAAACAGCGAAAACUGUGAGGGAGGAAUUUUUAACGAAGAAGAAUGCAGUAAUUGUCCUCCAGAGGUGGUUCAGGGGUCUCCGGGAGACCAGGAAACGUCAAGAGGAGUUCCUGGAAUUGAGAAGAAACGUCCUGAAGGUGCAGACCCUCUGGAGGGCCAAAAUUCUGGCGAGAAAGACGAGAGCUGAAUUCCUGGGGAUUAAAAAUGCAGUUCUGAACAUCCAGACUAUCUCCAGGGGGAUUCUCGCCAGACAGAGGUUCAGGGUUCUCCAGGAUCGUGAGAGGGCUGCGAAGAUCCUCCAAGGAAGGUGGAGGGCACGAAAAAUUGGACAAGAGAUUAAGAAGAAUUAUCUGAAAAAGAGAGAAUUGAUUGUUUGUAUUCAACGGAGGUUGAGGGCCACUCUAGCAGCUAGAAGAUGCCAGAGGGAGUUUGAGGUCCUCAGGAAAGCUGUCGUUGUGGUCCAAAGGAGAUUCAGGGCCCAGCGAGUGAUGAGAAUCACCAGGAAGUCCUUCCUGGAGAAGAAAAUGGCAGUUAUUUCACUGCAGUCGUUUGUCAGGAUGAGGAAAUGCCACCAGGAGUAUCAAAUGUUAAAAACAGCUGUUUUGGUUGUCCAGAGGAGAAGGCGAGCCCACGUCCUCGCCACGUCGAUGAGGAAGGACUACCUGGAACUCAAGAAGGCGACGAUUUCUGUUCAGAAGAAAUUCAGAGCGAAAUUAGAGGGGAAGAGAGUAAGAGAAGGAUUUCUGAGGCUUAAGAAAUCUGUCAUUCUCAUCCAGAGAACUUGGAGGGCGAAACUGAGGGCCUGGGAACGUGAAGAGGCUGCUGUUGUUCUCCAGACGUGGUGGAGAUCGAUCCUGAUAGCCAGGAGGGCGAGAAAUUCCUUCGUGAUGAAGAGAAAAUCUGCAGUGGUGAUUCAACGAUUCUUCCGGGGCUGGAGGGCCGCAAGGACGAAGAGGAAGGAAUUCCAGCAGCUGAGAACUGCCUCAACGGUCAUACAAAGGGCCUGGAGGGUGUUUUUAGCCAGAAGAAGGCGCAGAGAACUAAUAAAUAUGAGAAGGAAUGGAGUGUCAGUUAUUGUGCAGUGGUGGAGGGCAAUCACUGAGAGGCGAAAACUCAGGGCGGAGCUCAGGGAGACCCUCAGGUGGAGGAAUUGGGCGGCUGGCGUAAUUCAGGCGACCUGGAGGGGUUACAAAGUCCGCAAGGAGCAGUCCUCCAGGAUACAAGAACUCAGAAUUCGGUCGAAAAGGGCUGCAGAGGCUGCUCUACCCUCCACGACUGUUGCUUAUCGUCUCGAAGAGGCCAUGAAUGGUCUGAUGACAUUUAACAAUGUAGGACAGCUCUCCAUGUGUCUCGCCUGCAUCGAUAGCCUGACUAGGCUCAGCAUCAAGGGCUGUGUGAUGUUCUGUAAGCUACAACUUGUCGAGAAGAUUUAUGACCUCCUGGAGCAGUCCAACAGAUCUUUACCUUGGAUGGACGUCUGUCUCAGGUGCACCAAUAUCCUGAUUACACUCGCAAAAUUACCUGACACUGCUGGGGAAGUCAGGAAGCUCGAGUACAUGGAGACCAUUGCAAGGCUGAUGAAUGUCACCAUCAAGGGACAGCUCGAACUGUUUCUCAAUCUUGCAACCCUCCUCUGGGUUGUGAUGGGAAAUGAGGAGUUCAAGAAGAUGGUGGCCAAUGACCAGAGGACAGUUUGGCUGAUCAGGAGUGCCUGCAGUGCUGCUGUCAAGAAGGAGAAAACUCCUGUCAAGAGGAAAAACACCAGCAUGGAGAGGAUUAUCGUUUUGCCGAAUCCCAAACCUGAUUGGGGACUCGCCAACAGGAGGCCCAGGUGUUUUCUCAAGGUCGAGCAUGCCGUCUGUGUGAUCAUGGAGAUGUUUGGAAUUCAGAGCUUUGCGGUUUGAAAAUAUAAUUCAGUUUAUUACCAUUUGUUUUUUAUUCGUGGAGACAAGGGAUAGAGUAGUUGAGUUUUCGUGGAAUAUCUUAUUUUUCGAUGUUAAAAUAUAUCAAUAGAAUAUUUUUAAUUAUCAACUAGACAUUUUGUGAAUGUAAAUAGUUAGAAUGCUUAAUUGUGAUUUUUUGUAUUUG